AGGGAUGGAGCAAGCGCAAAGCGGAGCUGGGCGUCCGUCGGCUGUCGCAGGGCUCGGCCCCGGGCGCUCUAGGACCGCGCCUCCGCCUCCUGGUCAGGACCUGGCUGCCCUGCUGGGCCCUGGAACCCGCGUGUGCUUUAGGAGUUUAGGGGGUGCAUGCUCUGCACCCCUGCAGGAGCGAGGGGGGAUUGGCCAGUGGGUCGGUCAACAUGAGUCCUGCCAAGUGCAAGGUCUGUUUCUCUGACCCAACAGUACCACCGAGCAUGUCUGGACUCCACCUGGUGAAGAGGGGCCGGGAGCACAAGAAACUGGACCUGCACAGAGACUUUACUGUUGCGUCCCCAGCCGAGUUUGUCACACGCUUUGGGGGGAAUCGGGUCAUCGAGAAGGUGCUCAUCGCCAACAACGGAAUUGCCGCCGUGAAGUGCAUGCGCUCCAUCCGCAGGUGGGCCUACGAGAUGUUCCGCAACGAGCGGGCCAUCCGCUUUGUGGUCAUGGUGACCCCUGAGGACCUCAAAGCCAAUGCAGAGUACAUCAAGAUGGCAGAUCAGUAUGUCCCGGUGCCGGGAGGGCCCAAUAACAACAACUACGCCAACGUGGAGCUGAUCGUGGACAUCGCCAAGAGAAUCCCCGUGCAGGCAGUGUGGGCUGGCUGGGGCCAUGCUUCCGAAAACCCCAAACUUCCCGAGCUGCUCUGCAAACACGGGAUUGCUUUCUUAGGACCCCCCAGCGAGGCCAUGUGGGCCUUGGGAGACAAGAUUGCCUCCACCAUCGUGGCUCAGACACUGCAGAUCCCAACCCUGCCCUGGAGCGGAAGUGGUCUGACGGUGGAGUGGGCAGAGGACGGCCUGCAGGAGGGGAACCGGAUUAGUGUCCCAGAAGCUGUUUACAACCAGGGCUGUGUGAAGGAUGUAGAUGAGGGCCUGGAGGCGGCUGAAAAGAUUGGUUUUCCACUGAUGAUCAAGGCUUCUGAAGGCGGCGGAGGGAAAGGCAUCCGGAAGGCUGAGAGCACCGAGGACUUCCCCCUGCUUUUCAGACAAGUGCAGAGUGAGAUCCCUGGCUCACCUAUCUUUCUCAUGAGGCUGGCCCAACAUGCCCGGCACCUGGAGGUCCAGGUCCUGGCUGACCAGUACGGGAAUGCCGUGUCACUUUUUGGACGGGACUGCUCUAUCCAGAGGCGACAUCAGAAGAUCAUCGAGGAGGCGCCAGCCACCAUUGCCACAGCAGCUGUGUUUGAGUUCAUGGAGCAGUGUGCCGUCCGCCUGGCCAACGUGGGCUACGUGAGUGCAGGGACGGUGGAAUACCUCUACAGCCAGGACGGCAGCUUCCACUUCCUGGAGCUGAAUCCUCGCCUGCAAGUGGAGCAUCCUUGCACAGAGAUGAUCGCCGACGUCAACCUGCCAGCCGCCCAGCUGCAGAUCGCCAUGGGUGUGCCAUUGCACCGGCUGAAGGACAUCCGCCUUCUGUACGGAGAGGCCCCCUGGGGGGUGACACCCAUUUCUUUUGAAAGCCCUUCGAACCCUCCCCUCGCCCGAGGCUACGUCAUUGCCACCAGGAUCACCAGUGAAAACCCAGAUGAGGGGUUUAAGCCGAGCUCAGGGACGGUCCAGGAGCUGAAUUUCCGCAGCAACAAGAACGUGUGGGGCUACUUCAGCGUGGCCGCCGCGGGAGGCUUGCAUGAGUUCGCUGACUCCCAGUUUGGUCACUGCUUCUCCUGGGGCGAGAACCGGGAAGAGGCCAUUUCGAACAUGGUAGUGGCCUUGAAGGAAUUGUCCAUCCGGGGUGACUUCAGGACCACGGUGGAGUAUCUCAUUAACCUCCUGGAGACAGAGCGAUUUCAGAACAAUGACAUUGACACUGGGUGGUUGGACUGUCUCAUUGCCGAGAAAGUGCAGGCAGAGAAGCCAGACAUCAUGCUUGGGGUGGUGUGUGGGGCCUUGAAUGUGGCGGACGCAGUGUUCAGAGCCUGUAUGACGGACUUCUUGCACUCCCUGGAAAGGGGCCAGGUCCUCCCAGCAGAUUCUCUGCUGAACACUGUGGAUGUGGAGUUAAUUUAUGGAGGUGUCAAGUACAUUCUCAAGGUGGCCCGGCAGUCUCUGACCAUGUUUGUUCUCAUCAUGAACGGUUGCCACAUCGAGAUUGACGCCCAUCGGCUGAACGAUGGAGGAUUGUUGCUUUCGUACAAUGGCAACAGCUACACCACCUACAUGAAGGAAGAAGUGGACAGUUACCGAAUCACCAUCGGCAACAAGACAUGUGUGUUUGAGAAGGAGAACGAUCCUACUGUCCUGAGAUCCCCCUCGGCUGGGAAGCUGAUGCAGUACACCGUGGAGGAUGGGGGCCACGUGGAAGCAGGGAGCAGCUAUGCUGAGAUGGAGGUGAUGAAGAUGAUCUUGACCCUGAGUGUGCAAGAAAGUGGCCGGGUGAAGUACAUCAAGCGUCCGGGAGCCGUGCUGGAAGCUGGCUGCAUGGUGGCCAGGCUGGAGCUCGACGAUCCUUCUAAGGUGCACCCGGCUGAGCCAUUCACAGGUGAGCUCCCAGCUCAGCAGACCCUGCCCAUCCUUGGUGAGAAGCUACACCAGGUGUUUCAUAACGUCCUGGAAGACCUGACAAACGUCAUGAGUGGCUACUGCCUGCCAGAGCCUUUCUUCAGCAUAAAGCUGAAGGAGUGGGUCCAGAAGCUCAUGAUGACCCUGCGACACCCAUCACUGCCACUGCUGGAGCUGCAGGAGAUCAUGACCAGUGUGGCGGGCCGCAUACCCGCGCCCGUGGAGAAGGCAGUCCGCAGGGUAAUGGUCCAGUAUGCCAGCAACAUCACCUCGGUGCUGUGCCAGUUCCCCAGCCAGCAGAUAGCCACCAUCCUGGACUGCCACGCCGCCACACUGCAGCGCAAGGCUGACCGAGAGGUCUUCUUCAUGAACACACAGAGCAUCGUGCAGUUGGUCCAGAGAUACCGUAGCGGGACCCGCGGCUACAUGAAAACCGUGGUGCUGGACCUCUUGCGGAGAUACUUGCACGUUGAGCACUAUUUCCAACAAGCACACUAUGACAAGUGCGUGAUAAACCUCAGGGAGCAGUUCAAGCCAGACAUGUCACAGGUGCUGGACUGCAUCUUCUCGCACUCGCAGGUGGCCAAGAAGAACCAGCUGGUGAUCAUGCUGAUUGAUGAGCUCUGUGGUCCCGAUCCUGCCCUGUCAGAUGAGCUGACUUCCAUCCUCAACGAGCUCACUCAGCUGAGUAAGAGUGAACACUGCAAAGUGGCCCUCAGAGCCAGGCAGGUCCUGAUCGCCUCCCACCUCCCAUCCUAUGAACUGAGGCACAACCAGGUGGAGUCCAUCUUUCUGUCCGCCAUUGACAUGUAUGGCCACCAGUUCUGUCCAGAAAACCUCAAGAAAUUAAUACUUUCGGAAACAACCAUAUUUGACGUCCUGCCCACUUUCUUCUACCACACUAACAAAGUCGUUUGCAUGGCGUCCCUGGAGGUUUAUGUGCGGAGAGGCUACAUUGCCUAUGAGUUAAACAGCCUGCAGCACCGGGAGCUCCCAGAUGGCACCUGCGUGGUGGAGUUCCAGUUCAUGCUGCCCUCUUCCCACCCAAACAGGAUAUCCGCGCCCAUCAGCGUCACCAACCCUGACCUGCUGAGGCACAGCACGGAGCUCUUCAUGGACAGCUUCUCCCCACUGUGCCAGCGAAUGGGGGCCAUGGUCGCCUUCAGGAGAUUUGAGGAUUUCACCAGGAACUUUGAUGAAGUCAUCUCCUGCUUUGCCAACGUACCCACAGACACCCCCCUCUUCAGCAAGGCCCGCACCUCCCUAUAUACUGAGGACGACAGCAAGAACCUCCGAGAAGAGCCCAUCCACAUCCUGAAUGUGGCCAUCCAGUGUGCGGACCACCUGGAGGAUGAGGCGCUGGUGCCAAUUUUCCGGACGUUCGUUCAGUCCAAGAAACACAUCCUUGUGGAUUAUGGACUCCGAAGAAUCACAUUCCUGAUUGCCCAGGAGAAAGAAUUUCCCAAGUUCUUCACAUUCAGAGCAAGAGAUGAGUUCUCAGAGGAUCGCAUUUACCGCCACUUGGAGCCUGCCCUGGCCUUCCAGCUGGAGCUCAGCCGGAUGCGUAACUUUGACCUGACCGCUGUGCCCUGCGCCAACCACAAGAUGCACCUUUACCUGGGUGCCGCCAAGGUGAAGGAAGGGGCGGAAGUGACAGACCACAGGUUCUUCAUCCGUGCCAUCAUCAGGCACUCAGACCUGAUCACAAAGGAAGCCUCCUUUGAGUACCUGCAGAACGAGGGCGAGCGGCUGCUCCUGGAGGCCAUGGACGAGCUGGAGGUGGCAUUCAACAACACCAGUGUGCGCACUGACUGCAACCACAUCUUCCUCAACUUCGUGCCCACCGUCAUCAUGGACCCCUUCAAGAUUGAGGAGUCGGUUCGCUCCAUGGUGAUGCGCUAUGGCAGCCGGCUGUGGAAGCUCCGUGUGCUGCAGGCUGAAGUCAAGAUCAACAUCCGUCAGACCACCGCCGGCAGUGCUGUGCCCAUCCGCCUGUUCAUCACUAACGAGUCGGGCUACUACCUGGACAUCAGCCUCUACAAGGAAGUGACCGACCCCAGAUCCGGAAACAUUAUGUUUCACUCCUUUGGCAACAAGCAAGGGAGCCAGCACGGGAUGCUCAUCAACACACCCUAUGUCACCAAGGAUCUGCUUCAAGCCAAGCGAUUUCAGGCGCAGUCUCUCGGCACCACCUAUGUGUAUGACUUCCCAGAAAUGUUCAGACAGGCGCUCUUUAAACUGUGGGGCUCCCCAGACAAGUACCCCAAGGACAUCCUGACCUACACUGAGUUGGUGUUGGACCCUCAAGGCCAGCUGGUGGAGAUGAACCGACUUCCUGGGGGAAACGAGGUGGGCAUGGUGGCCUUCAAAAUGAGGUUUAAGACCCAGGAGUAUCCAGAAGGGCGGGAUGUGGUUGUCAUCAGCAACGACAUCACGUUCCGCAUCGGGUCCUUCGGCACAGGGGAGGACCUUCUGUACCUGCGGGCGUCCGAGAUGGCCCGCGCAGAGGGCAUCCCCAAAGUGUACCUGGCGGCCAACAGCGGGGCCCGCAUCGGCCUGGCGGAGGAGAUCAAACACAUGUUCCAGGUGGCAUGGGUGGAUCCAGAAGACCCCCACAAAGGAUUUAAGUACCUGUACCUGACACCCCAAGACUACACCGGAAUCAGCUCCCUGAACGCCAUCCACUGCAAGCACGUGGAGGAAGCAGGCGAGUCCAGGUACGUGGUCACGGACAUCAUAGGGAAGGAUGACGGCUUGGGAGUGGAGAACCUGAGAGGCUCAGGCAUGAUCGCUGGGGAGUCCUCCCUGGCUUAUGAAGAGGUUGUCACCAUCAGCAUGGUGACCUGCCGUGCUCUUGGAAUCGGGGCCUACCUGGUGCGCCUGGGCCAGAGGGUGAUCCAGGUAGAAAACUCCCACAUCAUCCUCACAGGAGCAAGUGCCCUCAACAAGGUCCUGGGACGAGAAGUCUAUACAUCCAACAACCAGCUGGGUGGUGUGCAGGUCAUGCACUACAACGGCGUCUCCCACAUCACUGUGCCAGACGACUUCGAGGGCGUCUGUACCAUCCUGGAGUGGCUGUCAUAUAUGCCAAAGGAUAAUCAUAGCCCGGUCCCCAUCAUCACAUCCACUGACCCCAUUGACAGAGAAGUUGAAUUUGUCCCAUCCAGAGCUCCUUACGACCCCCGGUGGAUGCUUGCAGGAAGGCCUCACCCGACUCUGAAGGGGACCUGGCAGACUGGAUUCUUCGAUCAGGGCAGUUUCAAGGAAAUCAUGGCACCAUGGGCCCAGACCGUAGUGACGGGACGAGCAAGGCUCGGGGGCAUCCCAGUGGGAGUGAUUGCGGUGGAGACGCGGACUGUAGAGAUGGCCAUCCCUGCAGACCCUGCCAACCUCGAUUCCGAGGCUAAGAUAAUCCAGCAAGCGGGCCAGGUGUGGUUCCCAGACUCGGCCUAUAAAACAGCACAGGCCAUCAAAGACUUCAACCGGGAGAAGUUGCCUUUGAUGAUCUUUGCCAACUGGAGGGGCUUCUCCGGGGGCAUGAAAGACAUGUACGACCAGGUGCUGAAGUUUGGAGCAUACAUCGUGGACGGCCUCAGGCAGUACAGGCAGCCCGUCCUGAUCUAUAUCCCGCCCUACGCGGAGCUCCGCGGAGGCUCAUGGGUCGUCCUCGACUCCACCAUCAACCCCCUCUGCAUCGAGAUGUAUGCUGACAAAGAGAGCAGGGGGGGUGUUCUGGAGCCAGAGGGAACGGUGGAGAUUAAGUUCCGAAAGAAAGACCUGGUGAAGGCUAUGCGGAGGACCGAUCCAGCCUGCAGGAAGCUCGUGGAGCAGCUGGGGAUGUCCCAGCUCCCAGAGCAGGACCGCAAGGACCUGGAGGGCCGGCUGAAGGCUCGCGAGGAGCUGCUGCUCCCGAUCUACCACCAGGUGGCGGUGCAGUUCGCGGACCUGCACGACACGCCUGGCAGGAUGCUGGAGAAGGGCGUCAUCUCGGACGUGCUGGAGUGGAGGACCGCGCGCGCCUUCCUGUACUGGCGGCUGCGCCGGCGGCUCCUGGAGGACCAGGUGAAGCAGGAGGUGCUGCGCGCCAGCGCCGAGCUCAGCCACGACCACGUGCAGUCCAUGCUGCGCCGCUGGUUCGUGGAGAGCGAGGGCGCCGUCAAGGCCUACCUGUGGGACAACAACCAGGUGGUGGUGCAGUGGUUGGAGCAGCACUGGCCUGUGGGGGAUGGCUUGCGCUCCACCAUCCGGGAGAACAUCCAGUGUCUGAAGCGGGACUCAGCCCUCAAGACCAUCCGAGGUCUGGUUCAGGAAAACCCCGAGGUGGCUAUGGACUGCACCAUGUACCUGAGCCAGCACCUCAGCCCAGCUGAGCGGGCACAGGUGGUCCAGCUGCUGUCCACCGUGGAGAGGCCAGCUUCAACUUGAGCUGGCUGCCAGCCAGCCCCAGGACCACCGGCAUGAGAAACCACACCACCCUGCCUACUGCAGCCCGGCCAGGACCUUGGGUGCUUUUUUUUUAAAAAAAAAAAAAACCCCAAAAAUCAGGCGUUGGCACUUCUGUGGGCAGAGCUGCUGGCCCCCAGCAAACUCCUGUCUCAGUAAAAGGCUCGGCUGCCCUUCAGGCAAGACCCCCUCCACUCCUGGGAAGCUGCUUUUGUUUUGUCUCCUCGGACAACAUUUUGCUGUAUCACUGAAUCAAACUGAACCAAAAACAUCCCCAUUUUCUUGUGCUUUGGAGGGGGGCGGCUGGAGGGCAGAUCCGGGUGUCUAGUCUGCUUUAUGUCAGAUAAUGGAAUCUUACAUUUUUGUUUUUUAUUCCAAGAUGGACACUUGAUAAUACAUCUUGAAGUUUUCAGCCAAAUAAACAAGUCAAGGGAAAAACCAUGAACAAGACUAGAGAAAGCCUACUCACCCAGGAAAGGGUGUGAGUGAUUUUUUAAAUAACAGUGGUAUUUUGUUCCCCGAGUGUUCCUACAGAAUCACUAGGACUGUCGCAUUGGCAGGGCGUGCCGAGCUCUCAGAAUCCCAAGAUUCUGUGUUUCAGAGACAGAACAAAAUGAGCAGGGGCCUGGGUCCCUGGUUGCUCACACCUGCCUCUUCCCUCCAAGAAGAGCAAGGGCUGGCUUCUCUUUGCACCCACCCUCCUUCAGGAUUCAUAGCCCACACCCCCUGCAUUGGCAGUGCAGAGACAGAGCUGGGGAACCCUCCCCCAGACUCCCAGCCCAGCCUUCCUCAAGAGUGUCCCUUCUGUGACUGCUGCCGCCAUCCCCUUGGAAGGCCCCUUGAGUCUGGGGCUUCCUUACCUGUUGCUUUGAUGUCCACAGUGGGCACUGAGGGCAGAGGGUCAGCGACCUGAGACUGUGAAGACCACGCCAGUUUGCUCAGGAGGACUUCAGCACACAGCGUCGGACUCUGAGAUCCUCUAGUCCCUCCCCUCUGUGCCAAGGAUGGGGGCUAGGGGAGACUACCCACUAGCCCACUGCCCACUGUGGUGUGGGCAGUUUGAGGACACAGAACAUUGUGCCAGGUCAACACAGAAGCCAUCAAGGCUACCCAGGAAAGCUGCCACAAGCCAGGAUGCUUGAGGAUGUCAAAAUAUCCAGCCAUCAGCCAAUGACAGCCCUGGCAGAUGAGGAAGUGCGCAGUGAGAGGUGCAGAGGGCUGACUUACACAUCGUCUCACCAGACACUGGGUCGGGGGUGCUGCUUUGAGGACCUAAGGGUUCCUUCGGGUAAGGCCCUCUUGGUUUUGGAGGAAAGACAUGUCAAUGACUAGCUGCUACCCUAAACGGUGGGCUGAAGGGCCUGCCAGGAAACCUGCAGAAUAAACUAUUUUUUGAAGGAAGCACUUUGACCUUGACUUACUGUGUGGACCAGAAAAGGCAGGGUGCCCCUGGCAGUUCCCCUUUCAGCUCUCCAUCCUCACAUGACAGCUGAAACCUUGAGAGCACACC